AUGGAUGCAUUGAAUUACGAAAUUCAACAUGACCAUUACUACAGUGAUGUUAUCAUUGACUUUGCAGCUGCUAAUUUAUUGCCAGAAACAUCUACCGAUAUAUCUGAUUUGUUGCAUACCCUUCCAAAUUGCAUUGAUCUACAGUCUGCUUCAACAACUCAAGACACACUCUGUAAUGAUGAUGGAGUUGAAUUACAGACCACAUCAUCAUUUAUUCCAAAGUUGCCAUGUUCAACUCCUGAACUAGAUGCCAUUAAAAAGAUAUUGCACCUAGAUAAGGAUGAUCAAAAUGUUACAACUUGGCUUGAAAUAAGUUGCUCACCCAUUAAUGAAUACAACACUAAAGGGUUGUUCUCUAUGGCUUUCCCAACAUUGUUCCCAAAUGGAUCUGCACUACCACUCCAACCAAGGACAAAACAUGUUCACUUGCAUGAAUAUGCUUUGCACUUGAUAAGAUAUCAUGACCAGAGAUUUGGACAACAUGUUAGAUUUAGAUAUUAUCUUUAUAAUCUAAUAAUGAGACAUCGUUCCCAGCAAUCAGCUUCAGUUUUCCUAAGGACCAAUUUAGAAGACUCCUUCCCAACUACAUUGCAAGCUUUGCGUGAACAGUUACAAGCUACACCUUCUGAUCAAUUGCCAAACCAAUUAAUGCGUUUUGCAGCUUCAUUACAAGGCACUAGAGCUUAUUGGAAUGGAUCAUACAAAGACCUUGCUACAAUGGUACACCAAUUGGGAGAACCUAUGUUGUUCUUCACAUUAAGUGCAACUAAUACAAAAUGGCCAGAAGUGCAUAAAUUAUUUCCAUCCAACUCCUCUGAAGAUUUACAGUCCACAAAGAAACAAUUUAUAGAAAACAUUGUCCACAAUCCACAUGUUAUAGCAUUGUUCUUGCAUUUUAGAUUCACAAUAUUCCGUGAGGAGAUUAUUGACAAAGUUUUAAAAUCAAAAGACCAUUGGUACAGGUACGAAUGGCAACAUCGUGGCUCUGCACAUAUACAUGGCUUUUUGUGGUUGCCUAAUGCGCCUGCUAUGGACAAUAUAGACUGGUCUAAUUAUGAUGAUGUGUAA